UAUGUUAUAUUUAUACAAACAAAAUAUUCUAAAUAAAUAAAUAAUAAUAUUUGGAAAAUAAAAUAAAAUAAAAAGAGUAAGCCCUAGCUUCGUUUAGCUGGUUUUUUAAUUUUUGAAAACAAAUGGAGGGACGAGAAUUAGAAUAGAGUUUUAGUUAUAGACCCUUUUCCUCAAUCGUAUGGAGAAACAGAACAACAACCAUACCCACACAUGGGGCACAUGGGAAGAGCUUUUGUUAGCCUGCGCUGUCAAACGACAUGGUUUCAAGAACUGGGAUUCCGUCGCCAUGGAAGUUCAGACCAGAAGCUCUCUUCCUCACGUCCUCACCACGGCCGAGAACUGCCAGCAAAAAUACAACGACCUCCACCGCCGCUUCACCACCACUACCAUAUUUAACCAGAACCAGGAAGACAAGGAAGAUAUUGUAAAAACCAAUAAUAAUCAUGGUAAUAAUAUUAAUAAUAAUAAUAAUAGUGGUGAUAAAGUGGCUAACAUUCCCUGGCUUGAAGAGUUGAGAAAACUCCGUGUCGCUGAGCUCAAACAAGAGGUCCAGCGAUACGAUAUUUCCAUCCUGUCUUUGCAGCUAAAGGUUAAGAGAUUGGAAGAGGAACGUGAGAAAAGCGCGCAAAGUAACCAAAACGACGGUGGACCAAUACCAGAUCUACAACGAGAGAGCUCCCAAAACGACAAAAAGUACGAACCGGAAAAGAAAGAAUCGGCCUCCGCCGGCGACGAAUCUGACCGAGAAAAUCGGUCGGUGAACGAGUCGAACUCCACCGGCUCAGGCGAUAAAACGGGGAAGAAGGACGGAUCGAACUUAGAAGCUGAGCCGGUUCGAGACGUUCCAGGUGAGACAGCGCCCGUCUUAAGCGGUUCUAAUUCAAAACCGGUACGUGGAGGCGAGGAAUCGCACGAGUUGGGUGACUCGGCGACUCAACUGAGUAGUGAGGUACAGAGCUCGGCGAGUUUGGGGAGUAAAAGGAAGAGGAAAGGAAGGAAAAGGAGAGAGGACGUAGGAGGCGAUGGGAUCAAAGGAGCCACCGUGAAAUCCGAGCCGUUGGUUACGUUGAUGGAAAUUAUUCGGUCCAAUAGACACGGCUCAUUUUUUGAGGGCCGGCUCGAAAGCCAGGAAACUGAGGUGUAUAAGAACCUGGUCAGGCAACACCUGGAUUUGGAAACAAUACAAACAAGGCUGGAACAAGGAUCCUACGCUUCUUCAAAUCUCUCAUUCUAUCGAGAUCUUUUGCUUCUCUUCAACAAUGCUAUUGUGUUCUUUCCCAAAACCUCUAAUGAAUCACAUGCAGCUUAUGAACUCCGAUCGCUUGUCACCAAUGAAAUGAAAAAAGAGACUCAGAAAUCUGAUUCUACGGUUGCACCACUGGAUAUUCCACCUCAGCCCAAAAGUGAACCGGAAAGAUCAGACUCAUUGCUCGCUAAGCACAAGGCUUCGGCUCCUAUUGUAGUCUGUCGCAAACGAAGUUCAUUGUCUGCUAAGCCUUCCCCUUUGAGCUUUGUACAAAAGAUCGAGCACCAGCAGCAAAGCAGUGACAAUGAACCGGUUAGCGAUUUAAAGCCACUCGCUGUUGAACAGAGUUCACUGAAGAUAGAAUCGAAAGAGAAGCCUGUAACUGGCACGAGAAGCUCAAGAAGAAGCAACAAGAAUCUCGUGAAAAGUACUAACACCCCAAGCAAGAAGCCAAAUGUAUCCCCUGUCACAAAAGUUAGUACAGCUGAUAAGCCUGAAACUCCUAAAAUUGAUAAGAAGAAAGCUGAACCAUCAUCAUUGGAUAAGAAACGAAGUGCCGUAGAUUUCUUGAAGAGAAUAAAGAAAAAUUCUCCGGUGGAGGUAUCAAAGAAAAAUACUAGAGGAGCUGCUAAUGGUGCUGGAGAGCGAAAAAGGGAUAGUCCCGGGAAGGGAGAGAAAGGGAAAGAAAGAGUCUCGAGGAGAAAUGGUGAUGAUAAACAAAUGGAGGAGAGUAGUCCUUCGAAGAAAAAUCUUGGGAGGCCAACAAAGAAGGGGGCAGAGGCAAGUAAGGUUUCUGGAAAGCAUGGGAGGGACAGUGGAGGAAAGGAGGUAGCGAAGCGGCCAAAGAAGCGGUCUAGAAGGUAGAUAUUGCCUUAAUGUAAUCGGCUCUGUAUAUUAUGUAGUAUAGAAUCUGAUAACUGGAUCGGCAAGUAGUUUUUGUUGAAUCUUUUGAUCUCUGUAACAUCUAUCAUCAACACUUCCAAUUCUUUUUUACACGUGCCAUUAGUUGAAAGAAAAAUUGUGGUUCACUAUAA